AUGCACCUGUACGUGUUUGCAGCAACACUGGUCGCAAGCUCUUGUCUGGCACUCCUGCUCUGGUUCAUCUACAAGGAUAGGAAGCGGCGAAUAAAGAUAGCAUGCUUCGACAAAAACGGGGGUAUUAUACUGAAGGAAGCAGCUGCCAUCAUAAUAUUCACAGAAGUUCAGCUGAAGAAAAUAACUAACAACUACAGUACCCACGCAUCGGAAAAGCGAGUUGCAGUUAAACGAUCUAAUGACGAAGACAACAAAGGAGGUCGAGGUCCAGUUCAGCAAGGGGAUGACUUUGUCAAUGAGAUCACCUUCCAGUUCCGAAUCAGCCACCCAAAUAUGGUUCGCCUUGUUGGGUGUUGCUUAGAGACAAAUAUUCCUGUCCUGGUCUACGAGCAUAUCAGUAAUGGGAGCCUCUACAACCUGCUUCAUGUCAAUAGGGAUAAGGUGCUCCCGCUGUGGACUCGACUCAACAUUGCCAUUGGCUCUGCAGAAGCUCUUGCUUAUAUGCACUCACACGGUGACCAGGACCGCAUCCACGAGUGCCUUGACAAGAUAGGUGCUCUGGCGAUUCAAAGUCUUAAGUAUGAUGUCGACGAGAGACCGACAAUGGCUGAGGUCGUGAAUGAAUUGAGCAAAGCAGCCAAACUACUGGAUAAAUGUGCAAGCAACUACCCUGAUGAAGAAAGCAAUAGUGCAAGCAUGCUUGGUCAGAUCACGUUCUCUACUUUCUAG